UGGGGUCGACAAAAGUGAGGUCGCGGACUAGGGUGGUGGCUAUGAGAGCCCAGAAAAAGGGCACCACCUGCCUCUACUCCCAGCUGGGUGCACCCUCAGUUCACGUCUCAGCUUGCCCAGUACUCGCCCCGCCCUUCCUCGCCCAGUGGGUGCUCGGAGCCCAGCCCAGCUUGGAGCCGGGUACUGUAGCGUCCAGGGGCCUCCCCAGAGCCACAGGACUCGGAUGUACCAAGGACACGGAUGGCGACAGUGGGACCACGGACCGGGCCGAAUGCAGGAGCCGAAGCGCUGGCACUGGCGGCAGAGCUCCAAGGCGAGGCGACGUGCUCCAUCUGCCUGGAGUUUUUCCGGGAACCCGUGUCCGUCGAGUGCGGCCACAGCUUCUGCCGCGCCUGCAUCUCGCGCUGCUGGGAGCGUCCCGGAGCUGGAGCCGGCACGGUGACCCGCACGCUGCCCUACCCACUGCCCUGCCCUCAGUGCCGCGAGCCCGCACGUCCCAGCCAGCUGCGGCCCAACCGACAGCUGGCCGCGGUGGCCUCGCUACUUCGGCGCUUCAGCCUGCCCGCGACGGUCUCCGGGGAGCGCGGGACGCCGGCGGUGGCGGCCCGAGCGGCUGCUGCACGGUGUUCACAGCACGGAGAGCAACUUAAGCUCUACUGCCAAGACGACGGCCGUGCCAUUUGCGUGGUGUGCGACCGCGCCCGGGAGCACCGUGAGCACGCGGUGCUGCCGCUGGAGGAGGCGGUGCAGGAGGCCAAGGAGCUGCUGGAUUCUAGGCUGAGGGCCUUGAAGAAAGAACUGGAAGACUAUGAAGCCUUCCGGUCUACAGAAGAGAGGGAGAGCAAGGAGCUCCUGAAGCAGAUGGCAGCCGAGAAAGAGAAGGUAGGGGCGGAGUUCCAGGCACUGCGAGCCUUCCUGGUGGAGCAGGAGGGCUGGCUUCUGGGCCGACUGGAUGUGCUGUCCCGGGAAGUGACACAGAAACAGAACGAGAACCUGGCCCAGCUGGACGGUGAGAUCACCCAGCUGUCCAAACUCAGCAGCCAGAUCCAGGAGACAGUUCAGAAGCCAGACCUCAACUUCCUCCAGGAGUUCAAAAGCACAUUAAGCAAGUGCAGCGGUGUGCUUGGCUCCAAGCCAACCACAGUCUCAUCUGAGAUGAAGAAUAAAGUAUGGAACGUUUCCCUCAAAAGUUUCGUCUUAAAAGGAUUGCUGAAGAAGUUCAAAGAGGAUCUCCGGGGAGAGCUGGAGAAAGAAGAGAAAGUGGAACUCACUUUGGAUCCCGACACAGCCAACUCCCGGCUCAUCCUGUCCCUGGAUCUAAAGAGCGUGCGUCUAGGACAGCGCGCUCAGGACUUGCCUAACCAUCCCCGCCGCUUCGAUACCAACACCCGCGUUUUGGCGUCCUGUGGUUUCUCUUCUGGGAGACAUCACUGGGAGGUGGAAGUGGGCUCCAAGGAUGGCUGGGCCUUCGGUGUGGCCCGCGAGAGUGUGCGUCGCAAGGGCCUCACGCCCUUUACCCCCGAGGAGGGCGUCUGGGCAAUGCAACUCAACAACGGGCAGUACUGGGCAGUGACCAGCCCUGAGAGGACGCCACUCAACUGUGGGCAGCUGUCGCGGGUGAGGGUGGCGCUGGACCUGGAGGUGGGGGCGGUGUCUUUCUACGCCGUGGAGGACAUGCGCCACCUCUACACCUUCCGCGUCAACUUCCAGGAGCGAGUGUUCCCUCUUUUCUCUGUUUGCUCCACUGGGACCUACUUGAGAAUCUGGCCUUGAAGACCUUUGCCAGGCUUCCUAGGAGGGGACAGGGUAGCAGUGAACUCUCCUCUCAAAGACAGAGAUACUUCAUCUUGGACCUUCCCUUCAUACCCCCUACCCGAGGCUGCCCAAGAAGGCUGUCCAGAGCACAACACAGGCGCUGAUGGCUGACUGAGGAAAGAGGUGCUAAUGGGUAACUAACUGCAUAGGGAAGAGACGCCUUGGACUCUUGGAACCUGCUUGCUCCUUUAAUGUUCCUGCAAAUUGUGUCUGAACUACAGAGAGGGGUUGACCAGUAGGACGAAAGCCUAGCUCUUUAA